AUGCUUAUACUGGAUUAUCACAGAAUAUCUGUAACUCUUGAUCAUGGACCAAGUAAAACAAACCACAGAAAAGCUAAAGAAACAGUUUUGGGUUUUACUGUUCCGAGUUCGAAGUGCUAUAGCUUGUGUUUUAAUAAUUUGAGUUCUGCGACGAGAACUCGAAUAAAGCUGCCAUUCCAGUUUGCAGCUUUUAAAUUGCCGGUGUGA